GCGUUUGAUUUUGACAACACACCAACAUAAAUUUUCACCAGCCAUCAUCGCGCGAGCACUCCUCCUCUUCUCGCCUGCCAGUGAGUGGUGCAGCAGAAAAAAAGUGGAGUUUUUUUCACUGCGCUUCAAAUUUUGUAAUUUUUUUCUUGCGUGUUGCUGCCUCCGUUCGAGACUCAAGACGACACCGAUUCGCGGUGAUUAGUGUUGCGGAAAUAGUGCGAGAUUCAGUGCAAAACAGUGCGACGGGGCAAGAAACGGUCGAUUUUGGGUUUGAUUGGGAGUGCUUUCCGGGUUCCGUGGAGGGUGCUGUGUCGUCAUCGGUUCGGGUGUUUGUUUUGCGCCGCUCCGCCACGGGGAAAAUCGUCGGGAAGAAAAAUUGUGUCGACAUAGAGGUGUCGUCGCCGCCCCUCUAGCCCCCCUCAUUCGGCUGUUUUACCAGCCCAGGAAAGGUGGUGUAAAAGUACACGCACAGGAUAAACAAUGGCACCAAAAUAGAUUCGGUGUGGAUUUUUUUUUCUGUGUUUCUGGGAAAUUCUUCGUCGUUUGGUUCGGAUGCAGUUUUUGUCCGGGAGUGCGAUGAAGGUGUGAUGCAUAUGUUUUCCAGCGAGUGAAGAACAAGAAGUACAAAUAGAUGAAGAGAUAAAUCGGAAGGAGGUGGAUUCCUUUUAUCGACGGGGAAGUUGAUUUUGGGACUCCGGUGCGGUUGGGGAAGGCAGGAGGAAAAUUGAUGUGCUCGAGAGUUUUCUCCAUUCAUCAAGCAGACAGACGCGUAGCAGAGACAAGCAGGCCAAAAGAAGAAAGGAGAAAGAGAUCGUCUUGGGUUGCUUAGUUGCUGAAAUCGCUCGUUUGUGGGGCAGCCGGGAGAGGAAAUAAACGAGCAAAAAAUCAUCUUGGACAAAGGGUUUGCAGUGCUGCUGGGCUGGGCAAGGCAGGGCAAGACGCGCCGACGACCGAAUCCAGUUUUUAUGUGUCAAAUUCUUCGUCGGCCGCAAACUGAUGACGAAACUCGCGUUGUGAUAGGUAAAAGGUGUGGAACAUUCCUGGGUGGAGUGCGAAUUUAUUGAGGCAUCCUUGUAGUCCGAAUCGUGUUACCACCCGCACCUCACCCCUGGAGGCGCAGAAGAAGAUUGAUUGCUGUUAGAAUUAAUUCCACAGUGUUGUGAAAGUUUUACUAACGAUCUCAGGAAGCAACUACGGCCGGUCCGCGCUGCUAAAGCUAUGAAUACAUCCGAAUUUCCGACGUCCAUCAAUCGAAACUCGCCGAAGCAUGAUUUCCCUUUGCACAACAAUUACGCCAACAAUAACAACAGCACCAGCAACGGUGGUCUCGAUUAUCACAGCUACCCGAAUGGUCCGGGUAGCCUGACAGGGACAGGACCGCCUCCUCCUCCACCGGGCAGUUCCGCUCAGCAGCAGGAUCUAACUAUCGACGGUAUUCCGAACAACUUCCCCCAUCGGAGGAGCCGAGCGUCGCGAACCUUCAAGAAUCCACCCCAGCCACACAUGUGCAUCAAGGAGAAGACCAUCGACGGCAAGGAGGUGUUCAUCAACGUGCUCAGCUGGACCCGGAUCGCCAAUCCGGAUAAUCCGGAGGCACCGAUUCCGCUGUACGGUGGGAUGAAAGUCGGCAAGAUUCCGCCUGGCAGUCCCCGUAUGCCGCCGCUGGUGUACGCCGUGAUGGCCAGCCCCGAGGUGCUCAAGAAGGCCGGGAGAAAGUGUCCGGACACGCCGGAACGAAUGAACCUGGUUGAUCUCAUGUGUGAAUUCGUGGAGGCUAUGAAUCCCAACUUGCAUUUAUCUCGGAAACCAGAAAUUCUCAAGGAUCGUGAUCUCUCCGGUGAGCUCAAAGAUGUCUGGAGUGCGGUGCAGGCUUGCCGCGACAAAGGACGCGUCGACAGUGGCCCACCGGAAAAUCUAGUCGUAUACACUGAAUUCGGACCCGAUUCGGCUCCUUCGUACGAGCAAUCUCAACAGCAGCCACUUCAUCAGCCAAGACACCAACCUCAGCAACAGCAGCACCAUCUCCACUAUCAGCAGCAACAGGAAGAUUUCCAAUUCCGACUUGGUCAGGCUCAGUACGACCAAUCGUCGUACGAACCACAACCGCAGUAUCAUCAUCAUCACGGUCGCCAUAUAGCGGGAGACCAACCACUCAACCAUGACCACUACAAUAGCUCUAACAGCAAUUUGCUACAGGCCCAUAAGCAUCAACAAAGUGCAAUUACAAACAGUAUUGAACCGAACUCAGAGAAACAGCAUCCGUGCGAUGUCCCAGAUAGUGCCACCAGUGAAAAACCGCUGAACAGCGUCUGCAGCGUCGAAGAAUUGAACCGAGAAACUGAAAGUCUGAAGUUCUCAUCAUCGCCGCCGGCCAGCGGUAAAAAAUCGCCGAAAACCAAUGGUCUCACACUGCCAACAACCGGGGCGGGCGGAGAAGGAGAUACACCGCCUACUUUGUCAGAGAAUACCGCAGCGACCUCGCCAUCGUCAUCAUUAUCAAAUGCAGCCAACAGCGAAUCUAGUAACCCAGUGCCAGUAGCUUCCAAGCAACAAACAUCACCCAGUUCGCCAACGCAGCAAGCAACGGCGGCGACGGUGCCGGCAGUGACGUCACCCGCCCCGCCCCAGAAAGAAUCGAAGAAUUCCUCUAGCCAUAACUUCUUCCCGAUGUUCCGAUCUUCCAAGUCGUCGAACAGUGACAAGUCCUCGUCGCACCAUCACAACGACAAGGACAAGGAGAAAGAUAAAGACAAGGACAAGGACAAGGAUGGCGGGACGGGUGGUGGUGGCGAUUCGAAUACUCCGGCUCCGGCUCCCGAUACUCCGGUCAAGACCAGUAGUAAAAAGAGCGGAUUGAACUUUUUCCGGCGGAACAAAUCGUCAUCGGAUAGCAAAAAGGAGCAGCAACCGUCGACACCGACGAAGCAGGCAGCAGUGUCGGUGCCGGUGGCUACGCAACAACAGCAGCAACAGCAGACGACGACGACGGCGGAGAACAACAAGCUGAACCUGCUAGUGGACGAAAGUCUGAUGCAUCACCAUCAUCACCACAUGGAAGGUAACACCGGCACGGGGGAGAUUAUUGAGAACAGUUCCGCUACCAUUGCGGCCAAGUAAGGGUGGGGAGGCGGUGCUGCAGCAGACACUUGUGAUAAGGAGGGGAUGGUGCAUGGUAGAGGUGAGGAUGGAGUGUGUAAAUAGCCUGUGGUUGAUGCGCAGGAGAAAGGUAAGUUUGACUGAAUUUAUCAUUGGGGUCGCGCCAAUUGGAUGUGUUUUUUUAUAAUUGUGGACGUCAUACAAUGAUUUGCGAGGAGUGCAUGUGUCGGGAUUGCGAUUGACUUGAUUUAGAUGUAACAAUAAGGUUAGUAAACAAGAUUAAACUGUUGAACCUUAUGCUAGCUGUACUACAAAGUCGAUUGUAAAACUUUUUUUGAAGAACGACAUCAUUGAACGGGCUAUUUCCUGAUUUUUAUAAGGCAACGUACUCAAAUUACGGCGCCAGUGAUAAAAUUGUGGUAAAUUCUUUAGAAGUUACCUUUUUACCCUUCUUACACCCAUAAGAAGGGUAUAAAUACCGCUUGGAAAACCGACUUUCGAUCCGAGGCCCGCAGGGCCGAGUCAAAUAUACCAAUCAACUCAGCUCGACGAAUUGAGCAAAUGUCUGUAUGUGCGUGUGUGUAUGUGUGUGUGUGUAUGUAUGUUACAAAAAAAUGUCACUCACGGUUCUCAGCCGUCUGUUGACCGAUUUGAGUUCUCUUGGAAGCAAAUGAAAGCUACUACAUCCUAGUAGAACGCUAUUGAAUUUUAUUUUGAUUGGACGUUCGGUUACCGAGAUAUCUUUCAAAGAGUGCUAGGGAGUAGUACAACUUAAUUAUUUUAGAUAUUUUUGACAAAGUGUAUCACCAUAAAUUUCUCAGCCGUCUAUCAACCGAUUUGGGUUCUUAAGGCCCCAAACGAAAGCUACUGCACCCUAGAAGAACGCUUUUGAAUUUCAUUCCGAUUGGACAUUUUGUAACCGAGAUAUCUUUCGGGGAGUACUUUGGAGUAAUACAACUUAACUUUUUGAGAGGUCUUUGACAAAAUGCUUCAUAAUAAAUGAAUCAGCCGUGUGUCAAUAGAUUUGAGUUCUCUCAUCAGCAAAUGAAAGGUGCAGCAUCCUAGUAGUAUGCUAUUGAAUUUCAUUCCGUUUGGACAUUUUGUUUCCGAGAUAUCUUUCGAGGAGUACUUAGGAGUAAUAAAAUUUAAGCUAUUGAGAGAUUUUUGAUAAAAUGUAUCAUAAUAAAUUUCUCAGCCGUCUGUCAUUCGAUUCGGGUUCUCUUAGCAUCAAAUGAAAGCUACAACAUCCGCGUACAAUUGUAUUGUAGUUUAUUUUGAUUGGACAUUUAGUUACCGAGAUUUCUUUUGAAGAGUAUUUGGGAGUAAUCUCAAUAAAUUCCUUUUUACCCUUCUUUCACCCAAAAAUCACAAUCAUACAUACGAAUAAUACAACAAUAAUUUUAAUGAGUGUAAGAAGGGUUCUGUUCACCAUAGGUGGAUUAAUUCAGUUUUUUUUUUUUUAUAUAAAGACUGCCCCAGAAAGCAUGGACGUACGUAGUCUUCAGUAGUCUGGGCCUGAUCGAUGGUUCUUGUUUCGGGCUCCGUUUUGUCUGUUUCUGCUUACUAUAGGAUCAAAAAUUCAAACGUUCGUUGCCACGAUGAACAUUGGAAUUCGAAAUGGCAACUUUUUUGGUCAUACCCCGCUCUGUAUUAGUUAGAAGGUUUGUUGUUGUUUAUUUAUUUAAUCUUUACCGCCUGAGGCGGCCUUCGAUUAUGGAUAAACUUAAAUCUAAAGUUACUUAUCUGAAAAUUGUUGUUGUUGUUUCUGGCUUUUCAUUGUAUGACACCUUAUUUUGUAAUUCUUUACACUUGUUCUCAUGCUUCUUCAGUUAGAAGGUUUUUUGUUGUGCUCAAACACCUUCAUUAUUUGUUUAUCUAAACGAGGGAUAGCAGGAUCUGUAUUUUUUACCCAAUUUUUGCCUAUGCUUUAAGGUGAAACAUCAAGAAAUCCCAUUGCAAUUUUGCAUACAAACUUUAGAGGCACAAAUCUGACGAACGAAGCAUCGAAUCAAGCCGCACUUGUUUAUCCUGGCUUUGCUCACUUUCAAAAAGAGGCAGCUUUUCCAAAUCGAGAGCUUUUGUUUACGAAUUUUCAAGAUCGGUGCUCUUGAAAUCGUGAGUAGGGGACCAAGUCGGCCAUUGUGGCAGCCAUGUUUGUAUUCUCUGAAGUUUCACCUUAACGUGUUAUUCCCAUCGUGGUUGCUAAUUGCUGGUUGCACAAUUUUUUGACUCACUCCCACCAUAUUUUGUUUUUUUCCUAAGUGACCUUCCAAACUCUGUACAUCGUUUGUGCACAUUUUUUCAAUGAUGUUCCGUUGAAAGUUCAUGUAUUUUGAAAUAAACUGUUGGAACCGCAAAAACCGUUAUACAAAUGCUGAGAAAAUAGGUUGACCAACAGGAUGUAGCUUUCAAAAAGAAUUAGUCAUCAAUAGUUAUGAAAUGCCAGUAUUUUCUUACUGCGUCCAUACUUUCUGGACCGGUCUUUAGUGGCUCUGUAGCUUGGAGCAAAGAAGCGCCUGUCGAAUGAAUUAGGAGUCAUGGGUUCGAGUCUCACCGAAGCACGUUGAUUUAUUUUCGUAAUUCAAAUCUCAAUUUGUUGAUCAAAUACGUGUUUUUGUUGCGUGCAUAGAUGUAACAGCGUUGUAAUUUUCACUCGGCUUUGAAAGACCAGGAAAAAUCGAGGAAUUUAUAUUCGUAGAGGAACAUUAUUUAAGUCUGAUGUUAUUAUGUCCAGUAGACCAAAUCUGCUCAUCAGACCGCGUUGGAAAACUUACUUACCUGUUUUUGAAGGAUAUGUUAGGAAGAGAAAACGACCGAAUAAGCAUAACCCAGGAUUGGUCCUGUCAAACUCAAUCGCAACCCCAAAAAACAUGCAUCUUCGUAGCAAGAAGUUCACACAGAAGAAUGCAAAAACCAUUUACCUUGAGACUACCGAUCGGAUUGAGAGAGCUUUUUCUCCGACAAUUUUUGUUGACUUUACAAAUGCAAAAUAACAGAAAAAUCGCAAAAGAAAUCAAACCCAAAUGGCUAUGUUAGCUACGCGAGUAAUUUUUCUAAGUAUGUAGCAUGAUCAAACCAACAAACAGCAAAUAAAAGUACACGAUAACAGCAAACAUGAAACAAAAAAAAAACGAAACGCAACUCCAAUAAACCAGUGAGAGAGACGACUGCAAAUAUGACUGUGCAUGUGAGAUUUUAGGUUUAUACCUUUUCAUCCGGCGAUGGUUGCAGUAACUGCACGUAAGCGAAAGAGGGUAACACUAUUUCAAAAAGGCACUGUAAAAAUAGAGAUUUCCGGUUUUCGCUCAGAUGGAAAGGACGAACGACACGCUUGAACUGACUCGGUUUAGAGAAUACAUACAUCCGCCAUGUUGAACGUAGGGUAUGUCCUAUGUGUUUUUCGGAUCCGCCAAAGUGGCACAUUUGUACUCCCUAGUUUUGUCUCUCGAUCAGCCAAAAUUUUGUACCAUAUUUGUAUUUAGAAAUUAGUUGCGCGUGUGAUGUUGUUCUAUGGGGACGGGCGAGACGACGAGCGGAGAUAAAAGAACUCAGAUGAAACAGUCAACUUGCUAGAUUAAAGAGGUAUGAGGUAGAAGGUCAGAAGGCAUAAGAUGAAGUUUAAAAGCUGUACUAUCUAGUGACAAGUGCGAGUUCAGAAGUAGAUUCCUAGGCCACGCCCGCCACGGCUUGUUGAAGCAAUGGCGCAGUUCUUACAUAGUGUAUCGCAAGUAAUUGCGUUCUCACGUUAUUAGUCAAAUAGUCCCAGAGCCAAUGCGUGUUUUACGACUGCUGAUAAAACGGAUUGAUUUGCACUUAUGUCCUAUAGUUACUAUUAGUACUACAACUGCUGCUACUCAACGAACUGCGGCUUCGCAAGAGUUCGACAUAUUUGUUUAGGUGUAUUAGGUGAAUUCUAUAUAGGUUAUCUGAAUUGAGUCCCAAGCGGGACACGUUCAAAUGACUGCCUAGUUUGAAUCGUUCAGUCCUACAUAUGUGAUUACUUGCCUCAGUUCUACGGUGGAACAAGAACGUGAAUAUUUUCUUUUGUGGAAUGUCGUUCCUAACUCCCAAUCAUUAAACGUUUGCGUCUCGAAUUUUUUCUAGUUCUUCUGAAACUUCUUUUACCUAGUUACGCAUUCUACACUAAUAAAAUAAUCGUAAAAAUAAAUCAUUCUUCAACAGAUGAAACUUAUUUCCAGCUAAACAUAUGCUAUGUUCCUUAAGGUCUCCUCAUGAAACCAUUGACCGGUUUAUUAAGUUCUUCGUUUACAGUUCAACUGGAAGGGCUCUACCACAUUUGGCAUAAUGCCAUUUGGCAUAAAGGCCAUUUGGCAUAAUGGCCAUUUGGCAUAAUGCCGUUUGGCAUAAUACGAAGAACAGCGUUCUUAGAAAGAAUAUGCAUAAUCAUUGUUAUGCCAAAUGGCUAUUAUGCCAAAUGGCCGUUAUGCCAAAUGGAUUUUUUGCCAAAUGGCAAUAUGCCAAACGCCAUUAUGCCAAAUAGCAUUAUGCCAAAUGGGGUAGAGCCACUGGAAGUUAUACUCAAGUAUGUAGGUAUACCUUAGUGAACAAUUGCAGAUAAUGCCAAAUAUGCUCAUCUGGAAAAGUUCUUGCUCCACCUCAAGAAACACCGUAAAAAUUGUUCAUCGCCGUCAGUAUUACUACUUUCAUCAAAAAGGGAGUACCCCAUUUAGCACAAUGCCAUACGGAAUAAUUGCCAUUUGGCAUAAUAUGAAGAAUAGCACAUUUGUAAAGGAGAAACAUAACUGUUGUUAUACCAAACGGCGCUUUUCCAAUCGGCAUCAUGCCAAAUGAGAUCACUCCCAUUUUAAAAGUCGGCACGAUGACUCCGAUAUAGACGAGGACGACGAUGACGACCCUGCGUUUGAUCUCAAAAUCGCAAAACAUUCGUUUCGGUAAUCAUCCUAUCUUCACUUGUAUCACCAUUUUUCAUUACUCGUCGUCACCACGAUCGGAAAGAUCCACCAUAACAAAAGGCGACACAAAUCACGCAAAAAUCCACUCUACUUAGGAUAGGAGAAAUUCAUUCAUUAUCUACUUGUUAGAAACAAGUGGCGCCAAAGCAGGCAGGCGCCGAUUUAGUUGAUCUUUUUGCUCUCCGUGUAGUAGCAUAGGAUAGAAAAACUCACUGAUGCGCUUGGUGUUUGAAUGCGACGGAAGGGUUCGACGAUAAAACGCUAUAAUUAGUAUUCCAUUUUCUAUGUCUCGUUUUUGAGUGAUUCUGUGUUUUAUUGAGAGAGCGGACGUGAGUAAUAUGCAAGGAAAAACAUCAUAACUAGUAAUCGAUAACGCUAUUCAUCAGAAAAACGUUUCAUUUCCGUAUAAAUUUUACAAAUUUUAGCAAUUGUAACUAUUUUAAACGAAAAUCAACCAAUAAGUAAAAUGCUAUUAAAUAACUGAAUUAUUAAAUAUUCUCUGAUGGAAGGAAAAGAAGAAAACAGGGGCAGGGGGAGCAAAACAUGUGGGAAAGAAUCGGCAUAUUGUUGAUCAAUUUGGGGGGAAAAUACUGGAAAAAAUGUGGGCAAAAGGAGAGAUUCUUAGAUGUUAAGAAAGAGUAAGGUCUGGGAGGAAGAGAUAUCGUUAGAUGAAAUUUACUAUACACAAUAUUUAUUCGAAUCAAACAAGUCCCCUCCAUUCCGCUAGGUGAGAAACGAAACCAGACAUUGGCAUAUACGAACUCUAUCGAACACGAUUGAAAACCGAAUGUAUUUAUUAGUUUUAUCUUUAUCGCAAACGUAUUAUUAUUUUCCUCUGGAAGAAUUAUAAACAAACAGUGGUGAUAGAAAAGUCUCAAUUAAUAGGGAAAACAAAAAUCUGCCGAAAUCCAUUCAUUCUAAACAGAACUCCCAACACUCAGUACGCAGAAGACGACUUACAAUGAGAAAGUAGUUUUAAAUUACUGGGAAUCCCAUACAUCCAGCAUAUACAGAAAUGAUUUAUUAUGUAUAGAGAGCUACAACAGAGAAUGCGCUGACAUGCAAACGCAAAAAAAAAGUAUAAUAGCAGAAGAAAGCUAGAAGCGAAUAUAGACAGAAAAAGGCAAAAGGGCAGACAUAAGAACAAAUGAAUAAACAAUUUUAUAAUGUAAUUAUCCAGAAA